UGCAAAAUGCAAUUUUGAGCAACGUUUUAUUAAAAAUCGAAGAUUUUUAGCCAUGUGUUUCCGGUGAAUAAUUAAACCUGUCGGCAAGUGAAGGUUCUCUCACUCACUGUGUUGGCAAAUGAAGCCUGACCGUUUUUUCAAAUGAAACGAUUUUUUUCAUCUGUCCAGUUUGCCAACACCUUUUUAUGCUCAUGCGCGCAGGCACUUAUGAAAAUGACGUGACUUUUUAUGUUAAGGCAAUUUAUGCAUUCUCUGAGUUUGAACUAGACACAUUCAAUUGAUAUCAAUCGCAAGAACAAUCUUGCUGUAAGAUUAAGUUCGUCAAAAAUUAUCACUAUUUGACAAAUUUAUAUCAGAGAGGGAAAUAAUUGUUUGCAGCGAAAGUGGAUUUAAUGCGUGCGGGCCCGUCGCCAGCUAUGAUGCUCAAAGGGGGUUUCCUGGUCCAAUUUCCCGACAAAGUGGAUGAGCUAUCCUUUAUUUGCAGCCCUAUAUGGCAAAGUACUUCUUUUUUCAUUUUCAUUUUAAAUUAUUUCUGCACGAAUACCCCUUCAGCUAGUUUUAAUAAUACAAUGAAUAAACUGCUAAUAAUUAGGAUACUUGUUUUUGCAACGGAAUUUUUUUCAAGGGGGGUGUUACACCCCUAAAGCCCCCUAUAGCGACGGCUCAGACUACGUGCGUCAAAACUCAAGAGGUUUUACAUGCAUUUUCCUAUGUCGGCUUGAGAGCCCAUAAUAGAAACUUUGUCGCACGCCCGCAAUAUAUGGCUCGCGCAUUCAAAUUUUCCAUCCGCACGCUUUUGCAUAUUCGCCGUGCAAAGUCUCUAUUUAAUAGCAUUUUACACUACUAAACUUCCAAAUUAUUAAAUGUACGUAAUUUCAGGCGCGUUGUCGCUAAUUUUGAAAAUGAACUAGUCCGCGCAAGGAACAAAGUUUCCAGUCUGGGCUAGAGCGACGGAGGAGCAUUCUGAGUGUCUUUUCUUUUCUAGUAGUAAACAUUUCCAUUGAAGAGCGUGAGUGUUUGAUUUAGAGAAGAGAAAUGCUGCUGGAUAUAUAUUUACAAGAUUUCAAUGGGUCAAAUGUAUUGUUUAUUGAUAAGCCAACGAUAAACGACAGACUGCCUGGGAUUUAAUCGGGAAUAAUUGCACUGAAAAGGGAAUUAGCAAAGCAAACGUAAAACGGAAUGAAAUCAGGUUUUGGUGUAAAUCGAAUUAACUCGGUCAAUGGUUGAUAGAUACAUUGUGAAUGGAAUGACUGAGGUCUGUGCCAGUGGAUUUACCCAUUCGACGUUUCGCCAUGACGCCAUCGAAACCCCAAACGGCUGUAAAGCGAACCACAAUGAACUCAGUUCAUUCAAAUUAUAAUAGAAUAAAGAAUGGUUUCAUUGAUACCUUCUCAUCAAGCGAAGAUGAUGAGGAUGAUGACUAUGGCGAUUUCAAUCUCUUGACGAACUCUGAUUACAGUAAUGAUUCGAGCAAUUCAAGCGAUAACGAGGCAAAGGACCCACAUGUUUUCAAAAUAAUGGCCGCGAAUGGGUGGACUAAAAGAUCAAACCCAGGAGUGAACAAUCUCAACGGAAAAGUAGGGGAUAAAAUCACGGGAAAGAAUUGGAAACCAGUACAUGAAAAUGGACACGAUUAUAAGAAGAAAAUUCGGUUUGCCGGUGAAUCUAAAGACAAUCCUUAUUAUUCAGAAGACAGCAAGGAAAAGAAAGCGAAUGUUCAUAAAAAAUCGACAACUAUAACCAUUCGGAGAGUUGGAAUAAAGGCAGAUGGGAAUGUAGGGAAUGGGCAAGUAGGAUAUAGGCCUAUUCAAAACAUCACAAAUAGCAAUCAAGUGCAGAAACAUUUUUACUUGAAAGGAUCCAAUCCAGUUACCACAAUUCGAAUUAGAAGUGUCAAGAAAACGGAUUCACCAGAAGGAAAGGUUGCCAAUAGUCCACAAAAAUACGUUGCCUCUGACAGGGUCAUUGCGAAUAAAGCAGUAUUUUUUGAUAAGGAGAAUUCACCGAAGCAAGAAUAUUGGAAUCAAAUUUCAGAAAACGACAACGAAAUGGAAUCCAAUAGGAACAAUGUAUUAGGCGAGACAGAAAGAAAUUCUAAUGAAAAUGUUGGUGUUCAAUUUGUAGAUGAUUUCAGGCCUAGGGCAUGUUUAGAACGCCAACAUUGUAUUGGUGAAACUGUUCAAAGCUCUAGCGGUUCUUCAUUCGAAGACAUAAAUAAACGAUUGGAUAACAAAGGAUUAGGUGUAGGGGAAUACUCAAGCACGCUGCGCCAAACAUCAGAGAGAAUGUUCGGACUAAUAGGCCGAAAAAUACCUGCAAAGACAGAUACUUGGGGGAGUAAGAAUGUGACGUAUGAAGUGAAGUAUGUUCAGCAGAAAAGAGUAUUAGUUAAUGCUGUCGACGAUGCUGCGCGUAUACCAGCCUCUUUGCCGUUAAAAUCGAAAGAGCAUGAAGCUGGAGCAUCGAUUUUAGAUGAUAACAAUAAUUGUAACUCGGAUAUAGAAGAAUGGCCAGAGCCUCCCAGUGCAGCAGAGCUGUGCAGUAAGUCAUGCGAGACAGACGCAGAUCAACCGAGGGAAAUUGAAAGUCAAAACGAAGUUGUUGCGGGAGAUUCGCAUCAAGAUCAGAACGUCUUCGUCGUACCAGAGCAGGAAAUUAGCAGAGACAUGCAAAAUCUUGAUGAUGACUCGUGUAUUCUUUGUGAUAUUUUGAGCAAUGAAAAACGAUUAGCUAGAAGAAGUGCUGAUAUGGAAAGUUUUCGACAAUCGACUUUGCAUGACUGCGAUAAAGUUCUGAAGAAGAUGGAAAAGGCACAAACAAUUGUAAGAAAAUUGAGUGGCAAUGGUAGCUCUUUGAAGGCUGCUGCAAGAAAGAGUUUCACUGAGAAGAAUUCUGUGCUGAAUAGCGGCGGAUCAUCAGAUGAAAAUAACAAUGCAAAAUUGUAUGUUGCUGGUCAACAAACUAUUUCAACUCUUGGUUCAAGAGAAAAUGUGAAUACUAACGGAGAGACAGGUUGCAGAGGAGAUAGCCCCAGGGAAGCAUUAGAGAGGGAGACAACUGUGCUACUUCGAGAUAAAAGAGGAGGAGAGUUGUCACAGCCUCGUGUCAGAAAUGAGGCAAAUGGAGCACCUCGUAUAGCCAAAGCUGCUUCACAGCGCAAAGAGCAUGCAACUGAAACAGGCCAUUUGUAUGACGAGGUUGAAUCAAAAAGAGACGAAACGAAAUCAUCAAAGCAAAGUGCUCAAGGGGUGAAAUUUGAAGAGGAUGUCCAUGCAGCAGCUAGAAGGCAUUGCAAAGGGAUCAUUGAUGCAGGGGGUUACCUGAUUCCACAGCCAAAAAAGACAAAGGACCGACCAAAGGCGAAGAGAAACCUUUCGGAGGAUUUCUUGAUUGUUGAUACUAUGCCAUCUUUACAGACAGUAGAACCAUGGGGGAAAAAGGCCGCACCUCAGUCGAAUCAACAUGAGGGACAAGGAUUCAAUCACAGCUCGUUUCAAAGCAAUUCUCUUCAAAGAAACAGUAACUCGUUUAUUCAUCAUAAGGACAUAAAUCCUAAGGGCUUGGUGAAUAGUGCCAGUCCAAACGACGUGAAAUUUGGCAGACAGUCGGUUAGAUUUCAAAGUCCUAGCUCGCAGGUGCUUCGCUAUCACUCGCACGGAGCAGAGGCUAAUUCAGCUCCUCCUGACACUUCUCGAGCAGAGAGAGAGAAAAGCUGGCUGAAGAAGGCAGCAAGGCGCCUGCGCAGGUCACUGUCUUUUGAAGAGAAAAGCCACCAAAAUGAUUCAAGGGCACACCCUCUUCAGAAAACAGAUUAUCAGCAAAGAAGAUCCAGUGGAAAUUUGGUAGCGGACUUCGAAUCGUCAAAGCAGGAGCCUCACGAGCGCUUCUACGUGGAGGAAGGUUCUAGAAAACACUUUGGUUUCCAGAGCCUUAGAAGGUCUAAAAAGGAUUCCUCUUUGACGGAAGAUGGCCUCUCAUACAGAAAUGACCCACACUUUCACCCAAAAUACGGCUUUGCCUCAGGAGAAGUUGGGAAUAGAACUGCCUUGUUAUCGACAACAGGUGAAGAUGACGUAUUUAUUGAAAAUGGUGCGAAUCUGAAAGGUGUUUACAGGAAUGGGCUUGAAAAAAACGGAGCUUCAACGAGUUCAGGCUUUGGAGCAAUAACACGGGUACCGGAAAGUAGCUCGUAUGGAGGACAGGCAAACAGUAAUAUGUCCCAUCCUGGUCCUAGGCAAAACGGAACAAUACCUCACGACGACGAAUGGUUCAUUGCACCACUUGAAGUUCGAAGUCCAACAAAACGCACAGCGUCAACAAAGCGUAUACAACAACGGCGAUAGGGCUGCCAAUGCGUGAUACAUUAGUAAGGGAAACAAAGUCUCGUUUGGGCAUUCAUUUUGUUGAUUGAAAACACACAAGUUUGACGAUGUAAUGUUGGUCAAAAGGCAUUACGAAUGUGGAUAAAAAAGGAACGAUUUAAAAAAUUCAGUCGUGUUCAAGCAGGUUGUCUUUGCACUUGGGAUUCGAACAGCAAAUAAGUUUGCUUUGUUUGAACUCACUUAUGGUCCUAGUUUCUUCCUUUUUUCAUUACAAGCUUUACUACUAAUACCAAGUUGUAAGUGGAAUUUCAGCAACAAUUUAUGUCUUGUUGUAGCUAAAAUAAGAGCACUUUGAUCUCGUACAAACAUCGUUAUUCUGGUGUUGCUAAAAAAACGUAGAUAUUUGCAAAAAACUGCGCUGAAACACCACAAAAUAAGUUAAAAAAACUGAUGACCGUUUAGUAUAUCUAUGUUAUGUGCUUAAAAUGUUUCCACGUACGUGUAAGUCAAACGUCCUUAAGAAGAAGCGAAGCGAUGUUAAUGAUCAUGACCACUUCGACAAUGUUGCUGGUCCCGACAUACACAGUAACCUAUAGCUUUCAUGUGACGUCAUCGGUAUAGUAAUUUGUAGCUUCAUGUUAACGCUAACAAACUCCACGCUUUCAUGUCCGGUUGCAGGCAAGUCGAUGACAUUGAGAUAUAAUUCUUGUUUUUACGAAGACGUUUUCGUUGUCUGCUGGUCCAUACUUAAGGCAUUCCCAAUGUGUCCUUAACAGUAAACCAACCUCAUGGAUUUCUUUUAAGUAUUCGGCUUGGCGGACCAUUAUUCAAUGGAGGGCUGCUUAAGAUUGGAUAUUGACAAUAUUUUGUCCUUGUCAAUGUUUUUCAAAGACUUUUUUAUUUGUAUAUAUAUAAAUAUAUGUUAUAGACUGAUACAAAGAACAUUUGUUUGUCUAUCUUAACGUUUGAUCCAACUUAUUUUUUUAUAAUAAAAUGGGUUUUACCUUUGAGGAUCAACACCUUAUCGGUAUAACAGAUUAAGUAGUUUAUGUAUUCAUUUUCUGGAUCAUUUGUCUUUUGCAAACUUGAAACCCUAAAUUGUUAUGGUAUUCCCCGUUGAUAUUUGGAAGUUCGUCCAUACCUGGUAGAUGUUUUGAUAUUUGGUUCUGUAGAUGUAGACCUGUAGACGUACUUUAAGCUAAUAAAAAGUGUAAAUUAUUGAAGAUUAUGUAGUGAAUGUUGGUUUUCUUGUCAAAGCUAAGCUUGUUUUGUAGGCUAAAAGUUUAUCGUUCGUUUUUUUUCAACCUUGAUGAUUUGAUGAAAUCAAACGUUUAUUGAUUUUGUAGUUUUGUAAAUAUCUGAAUAUGUUGAAAAAUUCUAAACAGAUUGAAAUAUUUUGUCGGUUUUUGCAUCAUUGCCUGCUGAAACUAUUAGCCACAGUAUAGAAAAGAGGCAGAACGUACCGGAUUUCUUAUGACUGGAAAGAUGAGGGUUGUAAUUGCAUCAGAAAGGAGCCAUACACAACGUAGGUUCAAAAUGUUUGAUUGGCUGAGCGACCUAAAUUCUCCAUACCAUAUUGACCAAUCAGAAUUCAGGAAUAUGACAACAAAUGUCGUGGCU